AUGUCGGGGGUUGGAAAGACUACUUUGAUCCAGAAAGUCACUCAAGCUCUAAAAUCCUCGGGCAUUCCCAUUGAUGGAUUUUACACAGAGGAAGUUAGAGAAUGUGGCAGGAGAACUGGAUUCGAUGUUGUCACUUUGUCUGGAAAGCGAGGACCUUUAUCUAGAGUCAGUUCUGAUUCUUCUACUUCAAGACGUGAAUAUCGGGUUGGACAGUAUGUUGUAGACCUUGUUUCAUUUGAGCAGUUGGUUCUACCUAUGCUCAGAAAUGUAAACCAUGGUAGUGAUGCAGAGAAGAAAAUUUGUGUGAUAGAUGAGAUUGGUAAAAUGGAACUCUUCAGCCAGGCUUUUAUUCAAGCUGUUCGUCAAACGCUGACUGGCUCAGGGACCAUGGUGCUUGGAACUAUUCCAAUACCUAAGGGAAAGCCACUGGAUCUUGUUGAAGAAAUAAGAAGUAGGAAAGAUGUUAAAGUGUUCAAUGUUAGUAAGGAAAACAGAAACAGCAUUUUGCAAGACAUCUUGGCAGCUGUGGAAUCCUGCAGAAAAUGAAGACCUUUUCUCGCCUGUAAACACUAAAGCUUUUAUUUUAACAAAGCAUUACAACACUUUGUGGAUGCUUUAGUCUGUCCUUCCUGCUUUGGCCCCUGGAGGCUUUACUGGAGCCUUCAGGAUAAGUAAGGUAAAACUGGCAAUACUCUAAAAUGUGAAAAUGUGAUAGCAGGAUUCUUGUUUAUUCAGUUCACAAGCCGAUCCAUUCAAAAAAUUGAACAGAUGUGUAGUUAACAUCCAGUUCUAAUCUGGGU